UCCCCUUUCGGUCUCUCUCUCUCUCGCUCACACUCACACACACAAACACACACACACACAAAUACAGCCCCUGCACACUGUGUGUAUGUGACACAACAGGGAGGGUGAGAGUGUGACAAGGCAAGGGGGAUUGACCUGCUGCUGUCACCGACUCCAGAGGAAGAGGGGGAGACCCUUGGCACCUGACUGAGUGUCAGCAUGGGAGAGAAUCAGACAUUUAGCAGGCGCCUUCAUGAAAUCACGGAAAGGCGCAAUAUUCUCUCGGAGGUGGAGCGAAUUCAGAAGGAGCUGGAACAGAAGAGGAUCAGCCUACAGCAACUAAAGAGGAAAUCCCUGCGAGAGCGAUGGCUGAUGGAUGGAGUGGUCCCAUCUCCCGGGGCUGAAACAGACAAUCCGCUCUUCCAGACAGAAAGUAAAAUACAGCAGCUGGAGAAGGAACUAGAGAGCCUCCAGAUGCAGCUGCUGCGCUUAGAGACCCCUGCAGCAGUGCAGCCCGAGGCAAAAGCCAUUCAGACACCAUUUCUGAAUGGUGAAAAAAUCCAGACGGGAGGAGGUCAAACAGGAGAUGCUAAGGAAGUGGCUGCAGGUCAAGCAAACACCGCUCACAGAAUCAUCCAUGAAGAACAGUCAACAAAGGAAGAUCAUGUGUUGGAUCAAGACUUGGGAACAGAUCAGCCCAUACCGGCCCCAAGAGGAAAAAAAGCUGAUACACCAAAUGAAGAUGGAAACUCGACAAACCCUGAGCUGAAAAACCAGGACACGGAACACCAGAAGGUUGAAUUAGCAGAUCUUAGCCAGGAACAUAAAGAGCAAAGUCUAGAACCUCCAUUCCAAAUCCAAACUGUAGAACAUCUUGAAAAGAAUCAGGCACAUCCAGACCAAGAACAUACUGAGCAAAAACAGGAUGGACAACAUGGCAUCCUAGAAUAUCUAACUCAAGAUCACCAGCUUGGAAACCCAAAUCUGCAACACCUUGAUACGUAUUUGAUAGCUGAAGUGACUGUUAAACAUGUUGAAAAGAACCAGGUGCAUCCAGGCCAAGAAAAGAACAAGGAUGAUGGUGUCCUAGAAUAUCUAUCUCAGGACCAGCAGAAUGAAAAUCCAAAUCUGGGGCAUCUGGAAAAAUACCUGGUAACAGAAAUAACAGUAAGUAACCCCUUAAAAAAUAUUUCAGUCCAUGAGCAAAGCCAGAGUACAUCUGAUCAGAACCAGAGGAUGGAAACAAAACUGCCAAGUGACAUUCCUCAGAAGAAAGAGCUUGAGUGUCAAAGCGAGGGUAAAAUACAAACUGUAGACCAAGGUUCAGAGUCUGAAUUACUACAUAAAGAUCAUAGUCAAGAAAAAGUAACCAUUGACCAAACUCAAGACUUAUCUUCAUCAAGUGAACCAAAGGAAGAAAAACCCAAGGCCCAAGAUGAAAAACACGACCACCACAAUGAAUCUGCAUCAACAGUCCAUGAGCAGAACGAGGUCUAUAAUGUGGAACACGGGCAACUGUCAACUCAGGGUGAAACUCAAAAGCCCAUAAGUACAUCAGAAGACCAAACCCAAUGCUACAUGUCAUUAUCUAAUGCAGAGAACCAAGACCAAAGUUUAGCGUUGUCACAUAAACAAGUAGAAGAGAUUCCAAAACCAGAUGAAGUUCAAAGUGAGGAGCCAUCUUUAAUGGACCAAAUAUCCAUCUCGAUACUGCAGUCUAUGGAACAGAACCAGGAAGGUGCUGAACAGACGUCUACAUCUGUAGCCGUGGAGGAGUUAUCAGAACUGCUGUCCAGCGAUAUGAUGAAGGAGUCAAUACUUAUGUCUAAGAAUCUAGAAGAGAAUCCGUCAAUGCCAUCCACCGAACAGAACCAGGAGACGUUGUGCCAGGCUGUGAUCAUCCCUGACCUUAAGAAGGAAAAUUUGGAUCCAGAAGUCAUGCAGGAAUCCUCCUCCCAUGAGCCAGCACCCAGCACCAUUCCACAGUCUAGCAGUGCAGAAGGAAACUCCUCCCCGGAAUCCCGACCUCUUCUUCAGAAGUCACAAGGGACGGAUAGCCAACAAGGAAGCAACACCGCAACUCCACCGGAGGAAAGCCGACCUUCGAAGAAGAAGACAUGCCAGUGCUGUGUGGUCAUGUGACCUUCCUCUUCAGUAUUAGGCAAAAGAAUGCGAUUAAUAUCACCGCCAUUAGAGGGCGACACUGUGUUCCUGACUCAGUCUGGUUUUUAUGUUCAGGUGAUAUUAUUGUAAGGACUGUUCCAUAAUGGGCACAAAUACUGACAAUCACACAAACAACAACAUUUAUAACAAAUAAGCAACAGUGACAGAGGCAAUCACCAACAGUGUAAGAGUAAGAAUAAAAAGUUACUAUAUUUUA